GUUAUUGAACUACUUUUUUUGCUUGUUUUUCAGAUGAUCGAUCAUUAUCACUUUCGACAGGAUGGUCUACUCUGCAAACUCCGCAAGAUUGUCGCGGCCCCUGAUUUCAUUAAAACAAAACAAGACUCAAGCUCAAUUUCCAGUGAAUCACUCGAAGAUGGAUCUUCGAACUCUUUUAAGAAGACCGCCACUACAAUAAAUAAUCUGCGAUUUUCCACUCAUUCACUUCCUUCUUUGGCCUCUUUCCCGUUAAAUUCGACAACUUCAGAUGGAAAUACUGGAAGUGGUUGUUCGCCAGCACCUCGGAAGAACAGUGAAGAUGUGAUGCACUCCAGUAAUGAUCUAAUUUCCUUCAACGAUUGGCCAAAUGUUACAAGUCUUUUAGCCAAUCAGAAUGCAAAUAAUGCGCCCACAUCUCUGAAAAAUAUCACCUUAGGCGUUGGAAAUAAGUUCAACAUGCAGAACAACGGCGCAGGGUUAAAACGCGUUUCAGCAUCUGCGGUUAACAAAUUUACCCGGCCUAGUCUCCCGCCUCUACAGUCAAUGACAUUUGGGUGUGUGAACGAUGAGUUUAUGCACACCCCCUUUACUCCCGUGAGCACGGAGGCCACCCCAACUCCCAAAUCGGGUAAUCUGACCUCAUCUCCGACCUCCCCAUUUUCGAGAGCUCGACUCAAGCCCACCUUCACAUCAACUUCCGUUGGUUCUGUUAAUAUAAACGCAUCAAGUGAUGGAUCCCAACCACGAUCGAUUUCAACUUCCGUGACCUGUCCUUUGAUACCUGAUGUAUUUCGCGUUGCCAAUAGCACUAAUAACAGCGCUCCAGGUCAGUGUAGCCCCAAUACCUCCCGAGCUGCUCAGUCUAACCAGAUAUCACCUUGUAAAUUUGCUCCUAACAACAGUCUACCGCCUGAAUCUCUCAAUUUCCCGCCUAUUAUCGAUGUACUUUGGGAAGAACCCGAUGGAAGCAGUGAAGAAUUACUUCAAAUUUCAGAUCGAUCCCAUCAAAGUAGUUCCCUUGUAUCGAUCAAUCUGGAAGCUCUCCCACCCCCACCUCCUCAUAUUUUGAACCCCUUCAUCCAACGACCACCGACAACCACCACUUCUCAAACAUCUACUUCCUCUGUCAGUUCUCCUCAAUCAUGUCAUCACGCUCCUGGUGUUUCAACCUUCUGUAACUCCAGCUGUUGUCAAGUAAAGCAACAGCAUCCAAAUAAUCAACCUCAACAACAGCAACUGAGGAUAUCUCCCACUCAGAAUCAGCGAAAAGCCGAACCAGCAGAGAGUGUUUCUGAAAAUCCCGAGAAAUUUGAGAUUCCUGUGACAAGAUCUCAAAGCAUACCAGCAUCAGUGUUACCGGCUAUCGAAGAAGCACAAAAAAUCUAUGAUUCAUUGCCGGAUAAUACACUUUUCUUGCCCUCAGAAAGCAUCCGACUUCUGGAUAGACUAGGCGGUGGAAACUUUGGGCAGGUCGUGAAGGGUAUCUACCAUACGCCUCAAGGACAAGAUGUCGAAAUUGCCGUCAAAACUCUGAAGGAGUCACAAAUCGCUUCGACUGGUGAGCAGACCAUUCUCUCCGAGGCCAAAACAAUGACUCAACUGAAGCAUAGACAUAUUGUCAGAUUAAUCGGUAUUUGCAAAGCGCAGCAUUUCAUGUUGAUCCUCGAAUUGGCGCCGUUGGGUCCAAUCAAUAAGUAUCUGAAGAAACACUUGAUUGCUUAA